AUGGACCGGAGCCAGUCCCACUUCCCUAUCCAAGAGACCUACUGGGGUCGUCUUCAGCAGUCCCAUAAUCUCACAGGCUUGUCAGUUGAUCGUCUGCUGCAUUUCGAUUUAGGCCACUUUGGUGAUCCUCCCCCUUCUAAGGUCCCUACGAUGAACCCGUUCGUUCGGCUCGGCCGGUUUCUUCGACGGCUGCCGUCUCCCCCUAGAACACCCAACACCUCCAAUUUCCCCGUUCUUGAUUCUGCAACUAGAGUCGAGGAAGAACGAAUGCCUGCGUAUGAUCGAGGGCUUUAUUUUCCAGUCAAACUUGGUGAUAUCUUUCAUGCCAGAUACCAAGUGAUCAGCAAAUUGGGGUACGGAGCAAAUUCGACGGUUUGGUUUUGUCGUGACCUUCGACAACAUCGGUAUAUAGCUUUGAAAAUAUUUAUCGGCAGCCCCAGGGAGAAUCAGGAGGUGCGCGUGCUUGACCACCUUUCAAAUAUAAGAUCGAAUCAUCCUGGCAGCAGCCUCGUCCGCAAAAUGGUAGAUAAAUUCGAGCUCACGGGGCCAAGAGGCGUCCACCAGUGCAUUGUCUACGAACCCCUUUUGACCAGCCUUCUUCAUUUUCAAGCAACAUUGGAUCCGAAAAGCCUUCCUGAGGACUUGCUGAAGGGGGCAUUGCAGCAGCUAUUACUGGCGCUUGAUUAUCUACACUCAGAGGCACACGUUAUACACACUGACAUCCAAGCAAAGAAUAUUAUUAUCAGCGCAAAGGACGAUUCAAUUUUCCGUGAAUGGGAUGACAGCGAGGCUGCUGACCCGAGCCCUCGAAAGGUCAAUGACGACUAUACUAUCUACUUGUCUCGAGCGUUUCGUCGUAAGAAGGGAUGGAGUGGUUUUGGGAUGCCACUGCUUUCAGACUUUGGAGAAGCUCGCAUCGGGGAGGUACACGAUGGAUUGGUGCAGCCCGACAUCUACCGCGCCCCCGAGGUGAUUCUUGGGAUGAGUUGGACAGCAAAAGUUGAUAUAUGGAACGUUGGAGUGCUGGUAGGCUACGAACCACAACUUUCACCAAUCUAUCCAUUGAGACGUGGGCUGACUAAGAGAUUAAGAUCUGGGACCUCUUUGAGGAUCACCAUCUAUUUGAUGGCAGGGGGGCCGGAUGGUUGUCAUUCUGAUGCGCAACUUCUCGCCGAAAUGAUAGCAAUGCUCGGCCCUCCACCUGCUAAGUUUCUUCGCAGAUCUUCCCUCAGUCAAAAAUACUGGGACAUCUCAGGCCAAUGGAAAGCCUCCGAAGUGAUCCCACCUAUCUCAUUGGAGGACUCUGAAGAAUAUCUGGAGGGCGCUAACAAGCAAAUGUUUAUGAAGUUCGUUAGGAAGAUGCUUCGAUGGGACCCAGAUGAGAGAGAGAGCGCUCGUGAACUUUUAACAGACCCUUGGUUAGACAAUCAGUAG